GAGGCGCAGAGUGAGCCUUUAACAUUACACAAGAACAUGAGAGACUCAAGAACCUUGCUGGCGCGUGGGAACGAAGAUACAUUUGGAAUUCACCUACCAAUGUCACUGGGUGAUCUGGAAUUUAUCCGCAUAUGGCAUGAUAAUUCAGGAAAAUAUCCUUCAUGGUUUCUUAGCCAUGCGAUUGUCAUGGAUCGUCAGACAGGUAGAAAAUGGACAUUUUUUUGCAACGAUUGGUUUGCAUUGGAAAAAGGGGACGGUAAAAUUGACAGGAUUCUAACCCCUCUCGGUUCGCAGGAGAUGCAAACGUUUAGUUAUGCUUUGAGAUCGCAAGGUUCCAGGGGUUUUUCCGAUGAACACGUUUGGCUUUCGGUUGUUGCUAAGCCGCCAAGCAGUAGAUUCACACGUGUCCAAAGAGCCACUAGCUGCCUUUGUAUACUGUUGUCUGCGAUGUUAGCAAAUGCCCUGUUCUACAGAUCAGAGAAAGAGCCAGAUUCUGCCCUGCAAAUUGGUCCAUUAAAAUUUAGCUGGAGGCAAGUGAUGGUGGGAAUUGAGAGCGCUUUGAUAGUAACUCCAAUAAACUGGAUGAUCAUGACAUUUUUCAAGAGGAGUGCCAAGAAAACUCCAAACAAAGUCCACGUAGAAAAACCGAAGAACAGACCCGCUCCUUUUUGUAGCAAGUCGUCUACUAACAGUUUAGGCGAUAUUAAUGACGUUGAUGUCACCCUAAAUGACAAAAGGUCUUACUUCGGAAAUAAUUUCCAAAGUAAAACUACUAUCCAGGAGAAAUUCACGCUCCCUCACUUCUUAAUCUACAUUGCUUGGGUUUUAGUCCUUGCUACUGUAUCUGUGUCUUCCGUCUUUACAUUCUUGUUCAGCUUGCAAUGGGGAAAGGAUAUUUCGAACCAGUGGCUUUCUUCAAUGUUUGUAUCUUUUACCCAAGACCUUUUCGUCCUACAGCCCGUGAAGAUAUUGAUUAUCAUAGUGUUAACUGCUUCUCUGUUUCGCAAUAAUGAUGACACUAAAACCGUUAGCCACAUCACUGAAGAAAAACUGCAUUGCGAAACAAUAAGCGUCGACAACAAUGUUCAAGUGGAAAUGCCGAAAGAGGAUGAACUUAUACGUGCAAGAGAGUACAGGACUAAAGAGAUAGAAAUGUUUUCCUUUUUGAGAGAGCUCCUGGGGUAUCUUCUGUUCUUCUUUUUACUUAUUAUUGUGUGUUACGGUAGACGAAGUUACCACGGAUAUCUCAUGACUAUCGAUCUGAAAAAUACCCUUGGCGAAUUUUCUUUGGCUGAAGAUCCACGGUAUUUUUGGAAAUGGCUCAAAGUCAACUUUGUGGAGGGCGUCUACGUCAGCGACUGGUACAACAACGACAAAAUCAAACAGCAAGAUUACAAUGAUAACAAGAUGUCUAUUCUCUUGGGAAUGCCUCGCUUGAGACAACUACGAAUACAGAAAG